AUGUCGUGGAAACCAGUAGAUUCUAGAUCAAACUCUCAUACCAAUGUUCCAGAUUAUGAGAAAAUGCUACAUAAUCCCCAUUAUUCAGGUUGGGGUGAAAAAGAAGACAAUGUACAUCCUGUUAGAUCCCGUAGUCCACCAACCAGUCAAUAUCACCCCGAAAACACAACCCACGAACCUAGAAUUUAUCAACCAUCUAAAUAUAACCUAGUGUCGGGUGGAGGAAGUCAUUAUGAUUCUACGUAUCGAGAUUACAGUGCCCCUACCCGCGAGGGAACUGUACAGUAUUUAUCUAGUGAUGGAUAUGAGAAAGUAGGACACAAGACGGACUACGGUUUUAAAACAUUGCCGUCAUAUCAAAGUGAGGUUCCUCACCAAACUUCCAGUUAUUCUGGAGGGCAUAAUUACCGAACUUUACCGCUACGUUCAAACCCAAACGAUUUAGUGUACCGAACUCCUGUUAAAUCAUCAAUACAUGAAGAGAGAAACCAUCCCCCGGCCCAGGGAUACGUACAUCGUGAUGAUCACCCUGGUACUAGUCUCCACUCUACCAGUAACCUACGUCACUCUACCGGAGAUCUACGUCACUGGCAACAGUUACAUCAAGAACAGCUAUUACAUCAACAUAUUGAAACUCAGGCGUUGUAUGAUAAACCAGCGUCUGUCUCUAUAGAUAAUUUAUUUAAACAACUCAGUUUAAAAGAGGAAGAUGUGUCACGCUGGGAGCCGAUACGACGAGCGGCAGACGGAAUAAUACAGGAGAAAAAUAUGAUCAUUGAAAAAUUAAAGAAUCGUAUUCUACAGUUAGAAGAAGACUGUAGUUUAAAUGAGACAAGAUUAAAACAUGCUCUAAUUAAUCAAGAUGAUACAGGUGAUACAUUACAUCAUAAAAUACAGUUUUCACGGCUUAUUCGGCUUAUUCGUCUUAUCCGACUAGUAUAUAUGGCUUAG